AACCCUGCAAGCGCAGCAGUGACAGCGAAAAAUUUCGGAACAGUAAUAAUUGAUAGGAGCAGUUUACCUGAAAACUAUUGUGUUUAGUGCAUUUUUAGCGAAUUUCAAGGAAUUAAUACAAAAACAACUCCUGUGCUUCACUUGAGUUGCAUGCAUCGGAUCGACUAUAAAAGAUACUGCAUCAUCUUUGAGCUAUUCAGUCUGCAUUUGUGGCAAGUCAACUUGGAUGGUAGGAAAGUAGAAAGAGUAACAAAAAUAUAAAUUAGUGAAGGUGAUGUUCGCAUUUGCUUCCUAGUAGUAGAAUUGUGACAGUGUGAGAAGGUGGCAACGGUGCUCUUAGCGAAGGAAGAGUGUGUAGUGAAAAUGAAUUUGACCAAACGUCGCAUCGAAGCGUAAUAGUGACAAGAAAAACGCAUCAACGACCAAUAUUAAAAGGAAAGGAAAAUACCUGCAUGAGCGAAGUGGUUUGAAAAGGAAUGUCCAAUGAAAAAGCAGAAACGCAUGAGGAAGCAACAUCAGCAUAAAUUUGCCAACCAUAAUUUAAAAUCAAACUUAAUAAAGAAGUAAAAGUGUUAACUGUGAAAAAAGUAAUUCAAGUAUAUUGUGUACAAUCCAAAAUAUAAUUUUUUACAACACGAGAAAGUAUAGAUUGAAAGCAACUUCGAUUACAGCGACUUCGUGUGUGUGUGUGUCGAGUGCGAUAAUUGCAUAAAAAUUAUAACAAAAAGAACUGACAAAGUGUGAAACGUUCCUUUCAUUUUGUGUUUUUGGUAUACGGAACUUUUUUGAAGUUUGAAGUAUAACAUUAAAUUGUCAAAACAAAGCAACUAUUGUUGAAGUUGUUAAAUACGUACGUAAAAAGAUCGAAAACGUGCUCAACAAAAAGCAGCCUAUUUUUUCCCGUUUACAAAGUGCGUGUAGUGCAUCUUAUCGUUGGGGCAGGGAGAAAUAGAAGUGGAGCAAGAAUCGACAACGCGGUACAUCUAAAAGCGGCACAAGCGAAAGUGCCACUUGGUAAUUUAUCGUUGUGAAUUAAGCACAACAUCAGUAUGAAUAACAAUAGCAAUAAACGCAAAAAUCGCCCUGGAGGCGUAGGACGAUAUGUCAGCGAUAAUCGCCAAUCUCAACAUCAACAGCAUUCAAAUAAAGGACGUACGCAGGCGCAGGGUGUGUAUAAAAAUACUCAUUUUAUCCACGCUGCCACAUCGUUAGUUGGCAGUAUCGUCCAAGUUCGUUUGCGUUCGGGUAAUAUUUAUGAGGGUGUUUUUCACACGUUCUCGCCAAGUUUUGAUGUAGCCCUGGAGCUACCUUUAUGCAUUAAAUCAAACAAAAUUGAAGAUGAAGGAAAACAUGUCCCUAAUCACAUGAUUUUUCCUUGCGAUACAGUUGUAAAUAUAUCGGCAAGGGACUUCGAUUCUCGUUAUGCCACUACGAGGACUUUCGCAACAGACGGAGCAAUCUCAGAAAAAUUUAAUGGCAUUCGAUUCGAGGAGAAGGAACUAGAACCAUGGGAUGCGUCUGGCAUGAAUGGAGACGUGGACAUAGAACUAGACGGUGCCUCCAAUGGUUGGGACCCAAAUGAUAUGUUCCGCCAAAAUGAGCAUGUUUUUGGAGUUCAAUCGACUUUUGAUGAUUCGCUUUCGUCGUAUACUGUUCAACUUGAUAAAGUUGAUUCUGAUGAGUUUAAAGAAGCGGAAGCCAAGGCAGAAAAGUUGGCUGCCGAAAUCGAAAGUAAUCCUAUUUACAGAGAACGCGUUGAUUUAGAGAACGGAGAUGAGGAGACUCUAUUCGCAGCAGUGGAACGUCCAAGUAGCGCCAUGGAGCGCGAACGUGAACGUGAGCGUGAAAGAGAUCGUGAACGUGAAUUAGAACGUGAACGGGAUCGGGAGCGGGAACGCGAGCGGGAGAGAGAAAAAGAAAGAGAGCGUGAUCGUGAGCGGGAACGCGAUCGUGAACGUGAACAACGUGAUAGAGAACGCGAUCGAGAACGUGAUGAUCGAGAACGUAGCAAACGUCCAGGUGCAAGUGCUUACGAUCAUCGGGAAAUGGUUACCGAACGUUAUAUAACAAAACCAACACGCAGUAUAACCGGUCCACCACCACCUGUUGCUAUGGCGUCUACCAAUUCUUCUUCUUCGACCGUAUCAUCACAAACCAGUGGCAAUGGUCCCACACAACGUGGUCAUAUGGAUCGUGGUUGUAGUGUUAAUAGCGGUGGUAAUAGUGAUAUAAUGGGUGGCGAGCGCGUGGUAAAUGUACCGGUUGCAUCAAACAUGGGUCAGGCGCAGCAACAGCCACAACAACAAGCUGGCUCUAUGCAAUCGUCAUCCGGAGGCAUCGGAGGUGGCAUAAAGAAUCCAUCGUCGUUACCUUUGCCAUCAAAUGCUGGAAUAGUCAGCGGUACAGAUGGUGGCAACAAGUAUGGCGGCGGUUCCAUGAUGAAGCGUAAACCAGGGCCACAGGGUAAACAAGUCAUGCGUAACGCACCGAUAUCCAAUAAUUCGAACACUCAAUCGGGGGUUGGUGGCAACGGAGGUAACAUGGCUCAAGGAAGUAGCGGAAGUCAGUCGGGUGUUGGUGGCGGCAAAAGUGGCAAUUAUCAACCGAUGCCUAUUCCAAACCAAUCAUUACAAAAUUAUCCUCAAAUAAUUCAUGGCUCGUCGCAGUAUAGGAACCAACAGCAUAUGGGAGGACCGACAAAGGUAAAUGGAGAUUCUAACCCGAACUCGGGCAAACCAAUGCAGCAUCGUAAUAUGCGUCAGUAUCAAAAUUCUCAAACAAAUUCUCCGUUGAACUACAACGACUCGCAGAAUCAGAUUUCAAUGGGAAAAUCACAUGGUCCUCCACACGGACAACAACAGUUAGGUGCUCCCAUGGGCGUAAACAAUAGUACUUCACCGCCCUUACAAACCGGCGGUGGUCCACAUAAUCACACGCAGUCUCAAAGUGGUGGAUUAGUCAUGGCAGGACCACCUAAUCAACCGCCCCCACAGCCGCAGCGACAAAUGCGCAACCAAAUGCAAGACUUAAGACAGUUUGCGCAAGAUUUCCAGUUGGCGAAUAGUACAUCAACGUCGCCACCUCAACAGUCACAGCAAACACAAUCAGUACUACAGCAGCAACAACAACAGCAACAUAUGAAUGUGGGUAAAGGAGCGGGUCACCAACCACAACCAUCGGUUUCGCCGCCACAACAGCCACAACAAGUAAUUGUACAGCAACAGCAAACGCAAGCUCAUAUAAAUAUGCAACAUGUACAACAACAACAGCAACAUCACGGUCAACAUCAUACGUCGCCGCCACAGCAAACGCAACAGGCACAUAUAACGCAGCAGCAGCAGCAUUACGUGCCGUCACAUUUGGCGCAGCAACAGCAGCAGCCACAACAAGUGCAGCAACAACAGCAUGGACCACCCCCACAUGUGCAGCAGCAGCAGAAAGGGCAUUUGCAUCAACCGCAACAACAACAGCCGCAACAACAGCAGCAACAGCCACCUCCCUCUAUCCAGCAGCAUCACCAUCAGCAACAGCCUCCGGCUCAACCAGCUACGCCUCUGCCGCAGGAGCCACCACAGCACCAAGCUCCACAACAGGGCAUGUAUCAUGUGUCGCAGCCACAGCAGCAACCGGCACAACAGUCACAAAUACAACAGAAUUCACCGCCGGUGGCAGACACACCACCACAGCAGCAUCAGCAACAGCAUUCGGCACAACAAGCGAAUAAGAUAGAUACGUCGCCAGUAACAACAGUUACACCGGUGAGCAACACGUCACCAAACAGUUCAACCGAAAAAGUUACUACGCCUCCUGGGCCGGCUGUAUCGUCCACAGCGAGCAGCAGUGUUACUGCGCCCGGAACCACGACCGUAAAAAAGACACACGUAUUAAAUCCAUCGGCCAAACCGUUCACACCACGAAGCCCCAGCACCCCGAAUCCAUCACGUCCGCACACCCCGCAAACACCAGUGCCGAUGCAAAACAUCUACACGACUGCAACGCAUGUGCAGGCUGGUAGCCAAACGCCCAUGUAUGUGAUGCAACAGCAGCCAGCAUUCCAAGCGCCAACGCACCCACAGACAGGUCAACAACCACGCAUGCGUAGGGGCAACUAUGGUCCAAUGGCGGCGUCGCAAACACACGUUUCAGCCACAACAGCUACCGGACAGCCUUUGCUCGCAGCCGCACCCAUACAACAGUUUAUACAUUACCAACAACCACCACAUGCGCCACAUUUCCAAUCGCAGCCAUAUGUUAAUGUGCGCAUGUAUGAGCCGCCACCACAGCAGUUGCAGUUCAUUACGCAAACACCACCAUCAACCACACCGUCCCCCGGACAGCCACAUCAGGCGUUCCAUCCACCACCACAGCCUUCCCCUGCUGGCGGUGGCCCACAGCCGACAUUCGCGCCACAAACACAGCCCAUGUACCCUGUCGUAUAUCCCGUAUUACAUUCACAGAUCAUGCCGAAUCACUACUAUUCGACGACGCCACAGCAUCCACAACAAACACAGCCGUUUCAAAUACUGAUGCAACAGCAUCCAGCGCAGUAAAAAAAGUUUACAGAAAAUAACAACAACACCAACUAAAAUACAUAAUAUUUAUCAUAAAAACAGCGAAGUCAUGCGGUGGAUAAAAGGAAGAAGCACUGAAAGAAAAUGGAAAACGGGAGGGAGGGAGUUAGAUGAAGAAGAAAUUAUGCCGAUUAUGAGCAAUCAUAUUAAAUACUAUACAAAAGUAUAUCAAGAAUAUAGACGCGAAUUAUUUAUGUUGUAAGUGCCGCACAGCAACAUCAGCCAACAAUAAUAACAAUAUAACCACAAGAAUAAAAGAUAUACAAAUAAAUAAAUGAGAAUAAUAAUAAUAUUAGAGAUGUGUCAAUGGGUAAAAUAUGUGUGUGUGUGUGUCUACAAGUUACAAGCAGUUUUGUGAAAUUUGUUGAAAACUUGAGUCUUAGCGAGGUGUCAAAAAACUUAAUUUGGCUUUAAUGCAAAUUAGAAUAUUUUAUGUAAUUGAAUUAAAUGCCCUUCCUUGCCUACUUGAAACUGAAAUAUUGGAGAAAUAUUAAAUAGAACGAGAAUAAUUGUUCACAAUACUUAGCCAGCAAAUAUUUGUGACAAUUUUGCUGUAAUUAACAAUUGAAAACUAUUGGCGCCAAUAGUGUUGAAAAGUAAAAUGCAUAUGUUCUUAAUAUUGUUGUUGUUGCUGACAUUGAUGUUGUUGCAUUGCAUAAGCGGACGUUAAAAAAAAGCGAAAAGAAGAAAACAUUAAAAUUAAACACCAAACAAAGAAAUUUCUAUAAUUUGAACGUAUAAAAAUAAAACAAAUGAAAUGCAAAAACCAUUACGCGAUUAGAAAUGUUGAAAAGUUGAGAGUUAUCCGAAAUCGCUUCAAACGCCGAGUUUGUGGGUCGAGUACCAGCGAAUUAUUUGCAUCUAACACAAUUCAGAUCCGCAGAUCCAUUACACGUUCAUACAUCUUUUUUCUCAUAUAUUUAUAUAUAUACAUACUAUAUAUAUAAACUAAUGCACGUAUGAUGCUUGUUUUCAACUCGCCACGAGACUUAUCGUUUGCCUUUUGAUUUUUUUAGAAUCCGGUUCCAUGUAAACGAUUGUAUAUGUAGAAUUUUUGUUUAGGCAUCUGUUGAAAUCGUCAUAAUCGUCUUUGGUCCACUUUUUGAUUGCUGCAUUUUCACAUUAAAUUGAAAAGGAAAUGGGUAAAUGUUCAAAGAACAAUAUUGCGUUUUUUCUACUGAAAUACUUUGUGAAUCAUUCCAUUUCAAUAUAAAGAAAAACACCAUUUGAACGCGGUGCAAACGUUUGAGCGCGUAUAGUUUUUGUAGUGUUCGAAAGGAAGUAUUUUAUAAUGAAAAACAUAAAGAUGAUUUGCUUUAAACGGUGCGCAUUCGUAGUAAUAAUAUAAACGCUGCCUUAACGGACUCGAAGUCAACUUGACUAUGUAUUUAAAAAUAAUUCUGUUACGAGUAAGUUAAAGCAGGUAAAUAUUUUGUUGUUUUCAUUUAAGCCACAACUGAAUAUGCAACAUUUAAAAUAAACUCUUCAAAUAAUAUUAGCUGCUUUGUGCCUAGCUGAGGUCGACUGCAAGGCAUUGCAUACGCUUCUGGCAUGUUUUUACGCGUAGUGAAGACAAGUCCUAUAGAAGCCCUCACUUUAUUUUCUAAGCCCCUCGUUAAGCAUUUUCAUGUCGUGAAUUUCUAUUAUUGCGCAUAUUUCAAUAAAGUAA